CCGGAUCCUGCAAGACAAAAUGAAACCAGGAAACGGAACACAAGAGCACCUAGUGGAGCGAAGGGGUCGUCACAAGAGCAUAAAACCAGGCAUGACUCAUUGUCAGGACGGCAUUGAUAAAACAUGGCAUCCUGUAGGAUCUUCAUGGAGAAACAGGAAAUGUAUUCCACCCCCAGACAGCUGUGUGUCAGUGUUUGACCCAGUAGCAUGUGUGUACAUAGUGCACAAGAAGGACGACCCCACCGUAGAGUGUCCAAUUUAUGCUGCAGUAGGGAAAUGAUGGAGUAUGAAUGUAUUUUCUUUUAUUGUUGUUGUUGAACUGUGGAGAGAGAGAAGCAGAUGUGCUCCCUCACUGGCUUCUCACAACAAUGAAAUGUUUGUUUAAAUGCAUGAUCAAGAGCUGAAUUAUUGAAAAUAACAUACUUCUACAAAUCACAUUUCAGAUAAACAAAUCAUACAUUUCUUUAUUAUUUAUUAUUAUUCAAAGUUCAGUUUAUUUGUCCAGAGAAGUACUACUCAGACUGUGAAAACAGUCGUAUGAUUUUUUCUGUGGCUCUGGAGGAAGCUUUCCAAAGUUUGAUUUGAUAAAACGAUCCUGAUGAUGUAAUCAUCUCAGCUUGGACUUGAGAUGUAAAUUUUUUGACAGAACGCAAACUUGAGGUGUGUGGUUUGAAAGAUUUGGGCAUUUAGGAGGCAAGUUCUAGUGUUUUUGGGGAUUUACCCACACUAUCUUGGCUUCUGCUACUUCAGUGUUGACCAUUCACUUUAAAUCUGUUUAAUCAUUUUUAUUGAUGAUAGCGCAAUACUAAAUUACUGGAGUACCCCUUUAAGUCGACUUGUAUUUGUGUUUGCACACUAAUUAAGGUACUGACAAGCCUGGUGCACUUCCUUGGGGCUUCACCCAAAGAAGUACAUAUAAGGUGGAAAUUUGUCACCUUAUAUGGACUUCAUCUAAACUGUGCCUUCUCUGGGUCAUAAUUACUAUGGCUGCUGGAUGGCGUCUGUCACUCAAACGUGAUUAUAGGUCGUUUUUGGCAAUUGACACCCGAAGUGUUGUUUUUCUUAGGAGGUCAGGCUCAGAAUUUGAUUUAUUAAUUCAUUCAUUAAUGCACUCAUUCGUUAUUCACUGGCACUUUUUUUUACAUAACUUAAUUUGUCUUGAAAAAAGAGAACUUCUAAAUUUCAAACAAAAUAACCUCAUUAAUGUAGUUAUCAGCUCUACAGUUUUGUUUGCACAGUAAUUACAAUAAAUCAGACAUUUGUGACUUGAGAAGACUGUUGACUAAAAUAAUAAUAAUUUUACACAUUUAAAAGCUGUUUUGAACGUCACACUACUGAUGAAUUGUCUGAGAAAGUGUGAAUACAAUAACCUCAUGCUGCUGGUGGUAAAUAAACGGGACAAAGCAUUUUAUUGCCAAUAUACUGAUAAUCAGCAGAACCUUUUUGUUUGUUAUUAUCUUUGUUUGCUUGCUUAUUGUACAUAUGUGCCAAAUCUCAACAUUGUAUGUAGGCUACUCUGUGUCCAAAAAUAUGUACUGUUUCCAGUCUGGGGAGGAGCUGGCCUUUAUAGAGUGACACACAGCUGUUUUGACAUCUUAGAUGAAUAUAUAGCUGAAUUGUGAGGAUGAAAUAAUACUCGUGGCUUUGAGUUAGGGAUGCCUUCAUCUCACGUGUUGCCGUUUCAACCCACAGGGACACAAGUAGAGAUGAAAUAGCAGGAGCCCAGUUUCCAAGGUCUAAAACAUGAUUUAUUUAAAACUAUUGAGAUCAACAAACUAACAAAAUACAUAUUUAUAAGACAUCUCUAACAAACAGCAUAAUCGUGAAUAUUUCCCUCAGUGUGAGCAUCAAAUAACUGCAAAUAGUGUUGCAACAAGCAGAGACAUUAACAUUUUUUAAAUACAUAGGCCUACUUCUGUCUUUUUUGAGGAUUCUUUAUUAUUAUAUUGUCAAAUAUCUCUAUAAGAAAAUGAUGUACUAGCAACACAUUAAAAUCACGCACACUGCACAAAACAUUAUUACCGUUUUUCCAACAAAGACACUGUCAUAAACUCUUUGAAGAUUAAGCGAAUUUCCUCGUUUUUAAUCAAUAAUUUGUUUAGAAACAAACUGGAGCAAAUUCAAGAAACUACAAUCAGCAGAAUGGGAUUAAAUCUGCUAUCAGGACAUUUGGGGUUUUACAGCUAUAAUCCAACUCAAAACACAGCGUCUUCGGAGAUUUCAUGCAUCUGAUGAUCUCCAGCCAACAGGACACAUACGAGUUAGAUCCGCAGUCCGCAGUUUGGGAAAUGCUCCGCAAAAGCGCAGUUAUUACGCACGGAGAUAAUAAAAAGAAUUAUUAAGUAGAAUUAUGAGUCUUUGUAAAUACAUGUAAUACAUGUAAAAAAACAACAACAACAACAAUAGAACAGUUUAUUUAACUUUUGUUGUUCUAAUUUUGAUUAUUACGGAGUCCCGAAAGGUGAUAUUUUCUUAUCUUGUGAGCACAUGAUUAAAAAUGUUAGGCUAUCUAUUAUCAUCGGGGGUCCUUAGAUUUUUUUUCUUACUACAGAUGUGCAUACGGAAAUUCCGUAAUUAGGCUACGGUGGCCGGACUGUUAGUAUCUCCACAAACGCAAACACAAAAUUAAAAAAAACACAACGUCAAAUGAAUGUCGGUAGCCCCGCCCACUGCUACGUAGACUCAUUCGUCCUUCUGUUGACGCAAGCAACCUUUAUGACGUAUCAAAGGCAGGCAACAAGCUGAGGGUCAACCUGAAAUCACAUUUCCUACCAACACAGUUAUUAGACACAGGAGGAUUAUUAGUAAUACUAAUAAUUUGACUCGCCUAAGACUUUACAAGCAAAAACAAGAAUUUAUUUGAAACAGCCAUAAUAUUUUUCCAAACAUUAAGAAGCUGACAAAAUGGAUCCUCAUCAACAAACUAUCACACCAGAGGCCUACGAGUGCCUCCUGCAAGCUCAUUACAGCCUGCAACAACAAAAUGACGUCUGCUCCAGAAAUAUCCAGACACUGUGUCAACAUAAUGAUUCUCUAAUGAAACACAUUGAGAGUCUCUAUCAAACUAUUUCGUCCCUCAGCACAGAGAACACAGCACUCCGCAGAGACUAUGAGGCACUUCGAACCAAGUUAACUGACUUUAAACAGAAUAGUGACCCUAGUUUUACACCUGACAGGAAGCUGGAGAAGGAGGAAGAAAAUGUUGUACUGAAUUUCCACAGUGCACCAGUGACUGAAGAUGCUGAGGACCAAAGCCAGAAAGGGAGCUUUCUGAGGGGGAAAAAGUUCUGGCAAGUGAAGGAGAAGGGGAGCUUGCAGCAGGACAAAAAUGAAAAAGACAAGGACUUGAAUGUCUGUGACAUGGCUGUUAAAUGCAAAGUGGAGAAGGAGGAGGCCAUGGGAAGAGGCAAACAAAACUUUGGAAUUAAAUUGUUGAGGCUUCCUCCCUAUCAAGAGGCAAUAACAGGGUCUGAGGAGCAGUCUCUCUCUGCUAUUCAGAACAGGGGAGAGAACUUCCUCAAGACCCGCACAUUUUGGGAGGUGAAGGAGAAAGGGAGCUCGCAGAAGGGUAAGACUGAAAAAGAGAAGGACUUGAAUGUCUGUGAUAUGGCUGUUAGCUGCAAAGUGGAGGGGGAGGAGGCCAUGGGAAGAGGCAAACAAAACUUUGGAAAGAAAUUGUUGAGGCCUCCUUCCUAUCAUGAAGUAGUAACGGGGUCUGAGGAGCAGUCUCUCUCUGCUUUUCAGAGCAGGGGAGAGAACUUCCUCAAGACCCGCACAUUUUGGGAGUCAAAGCAGAAGGGGACUUCUUACCAGGAUAAAGAACCACUGGAGCACAUAAAUAGACGAGUCCCAGAAGAGGACAUGUGUGGACAGGAGCUCUCCAUGAAUGUCGUGAGCUUGACGGCAGAGGUGGAGAGCUCGGAGCAGGACAAAGGAGGUGUCAAAGAACAUGAGAACUCCACUGAUUUGUCUGACCGGUCCAAGGAGCAGGAGGAGGAGGCAGAGUACCAAGCGCUACUAAAAGAACUUGAAGACAUUCGAUUACAGGUUGCUACACACCAGGACUUGAAUGAGUUAGCGAAGUCUAAUGCCGAGGAGGAGGAAAACAAACUUAAACAGCUCCUGAAGGUGGAAAAAGAUGAAUUGGACUCUCUUACCGUGCGCAACAAGAACCUCAUCAAGGACAUUAAUUCAGAGAGGGAAAUGACAGGUGUCCUCAAUGCAACAUUUGAGGACUUAGAAGACCAGUGUGGGAAGCUGUUGCUCAUGAACUUUUUGGAAAGAAACAAACAUCAGAAAGAAAUGAGGAGCAGAAGGGAGCCUGAGUUGUGGCAAUGGGAAGCAAAUAGGUGGGGGGACAGCUUGUAAGCCGGUGAACUGGAACACAUCAAUAUUACUGAUUAUUUUACAAAAAUGAAAAGAUUUUUAACAACUAAAAGCAGGAAUUAGCAGAUACACAAGUGAUGUGUGUAUCAGAAUAUUUUCACAGAUUCAGGAGGAAAAUGAGCCAUUUACUGGAGAGGAGGUAAGACUAUUUCUUAAACAGCCUAUAUUUUAUUGCAUGAGUACAUUUUACGUUAUGAUAGCGUUCUAGUAUUCUUACAAUAUUAAUAUAUUUCAUAGUGAGGAAAAAAAAGUAAGAAUAAGGUAGUCUGAUGAUGUAUGCUCUAAUAAGUCCUCCAAAUUGGACAGGCUGGUAUAUUCAUACACAUCUGUACAUACCUACACACAUACACAGGAAAAAACAAACAAAUAAAAAUAAAUAGAGACAAACAAGCUCACUGAUUAACUCAUUUAUCUAUGUUGAAAAGUCCUUUGGUCUUUAUGUUUAACAUUUUUUUGAUUACAUCUUUUACUCUUCAAACACUUCAAGUCUUGAAGGCUGAAUCUCAAGAUCUGCCUCCUUUCAAAAAAAUAAAUACCUCAAUAUUGUUCAACUGUGAGCCUCAUUUUUGAUCCAUUUAUUUCAUCGUUUCAAGUAUUUGCAGUUCUGAUUG